CCAUCUCCAAAAAUCGUCGCUUAACAGUCAAUAUGCCACCACGCGGCUUCACCAAUCCGGCUCCCAAGACCGACUCUGCCCGCUCCGCAUUGACCUCUUUUACCUGCACCCUCUGCAACAAAUCAUACUCGCGCCAUCCAGAAUACGAAGCUCACAUCUCCUCAUACGACCACCAGCAUAAAAAGCGCCUACGUGACUUGAAGCAAUUAUCGCGUGACCCCAAUGCCGCAGAAAGAGCGCGAAGAGCAGAACGCAAGGCCGAUGCUGAGGCCGGACUAGUUGUUGUUGGUACGGCCCAAACCGCGAUUGGCGGGAAGGGAGGCGCUGGCGGCGGAGGCAGCGGUGGUGGGGGGUUUAAGAAAGGAGGGUUUAAGAGUUCAUUUACAGUUGUUUCGGGGGGUAAUGCUGGUUCCAGGGGGGGUGGGGAUGCGGCGGUGACGGGGCCAAGUUUGAUCAAGAAGAAUGUUUUGGGGGAUGAUGAUGAGGACGAGCUGGAGGGCCCUGGACUUGAAAAUACGUCACGAACAAAGAGUGGAACCGAUUUGAAAAGAUCUGGCGACGAUGUGGAAAGUGAUACAGAUGAAGACUAUGGUGGAGAUGAUUUGACCGCGGGAGGAGGCUAUUAUAAUCCUCGACGACCGACAGGCUGUUUCGCGGGUUGUAGAGGUGCACACAGCGUGCCGGUCAGUUAGAUUCUGCCAUUGCCCCCGCUUCAAUUUCGUUUCCUUCUCUUUGUUGCUUGGUUUGGUAGCGAGGCGCCCGGCGUUCAACAUUGUAUUAUAUAUAAAGUAUCACAAUUCAAAUUUAUCAAACACUUUGAC